UUAUGACAUAGUGUUCUUAGUGUGAGGUGAGAAGUGAGCAUUUAAAAUUUGCUUCUUGUCAAGAUGUUUUAUAAAACGUUACUAUUUGUCUUUCUAUUUGAAAUUGGAAAUUCCUAUAGUUAUAAAAUUAAAUUAAGGAAUGUUGCAGAUGUGGAUGAACCCGUUCCUACAGACUGUCCUCAAAUCGAUGGCCAGGAUUCUGUUUAUUUCCCAGCAAUAAAUUGCUCAAAAUUCUGGGAAUGUUCCAACGGCUUGCCAUACUUGUUCGAUUGUCCAUCGGGCCUGGAGUUUGACCCAAUUAAUCAUGUUUGCAAAGACCCUGAUUUAGCAAAUUGUACCGGACAAGGUUGGUCUACAACUGUUAUACCUAAUUCUACUAACACACCUACUGAAUCAAGUAACAUAACUACUGUUAGCGCUAAUACGCGUAGCCCAAAUCCUUCAAGACCACCAACGAGACCUCCAAGACCUCCACAAACCACCGGUAGACCAAGCUCAACUACAUCAAGACCACCACAAACUACGCCCGUACCACCGUCUAUUUCUACAGUCUCAACUACUUCAGUACCUUGCACAAGCACUUCAACAUCUGAGAAAACUCCUACUACUACUGAAGUAAUUGUUACUACUACAGAAAAUUCAGAUUCCAGUGAUUCAAGUAGUUCUAGCGACUCCAGCGACUCCAGCGAUUCAAGUGAUUCGAGCGAUUCAAGUGAUUCAAGCGAUUCAAGUGAUUCGAGCGAUUCAAGUGAUUCAAGCGAUUCAAGUGAUUCGAGCGAUUCGAGCGAUUCAAGUGAUUCGAGCGAUUCUAGCAGCUCAAGUGAUUCAAGUAGCUCCAGCUCAGACUCAAGUGAUGCUAAACAUAGGAAACAUAAAAAGCGUCAUCAUACGCAUUCAAAGAAAAAUAAGGCAAAAGGAAACAAAAAGAAAGUUGAGCAAGAAAAAAUCGAAAUUAAAGAUGCCAAAGUAGAAUAUGACACUUUAAAUAUAAAAGAAUUUUAUUCGAAACUUGCUAAGAAAAAGAGCCGUUUAAGUCAUCAUGAAAAAGUACAAAAAACUAAAUAAUUUUUUAGUUAAGUUAUUAAUGUCAUAAGAAAAUUUCUGUAUAUAAAGAUUUCUUACAGGCCAAAAAGUAUAAUAAACAUUAUAAAAAAGUAUAAA